AUGCCUAAUGAUUCUCUUAUACUGGCUGCCUACAGUGAAAUAUUUGAACAGAGAUAUAUAUUUGCUUCUGUUUUAAUUCUGUUAUAUCCAGUUACCAUCGUAGGGAACAUGUUUUUGAUUUACACCAUUUGUACUGACAGAUCAUUACACAAACCCAUGUACAUUUUGAUAGCUAAUUUAUCAUGUAUAGGUGUGUACGGAGGUCUUUUUUUUACUCCUUCGGUUUUGUUUUGUUUCUUCACGGGGAAUUAUCAGAUAUCAAGGGUAUUUUGUCUAAUGCAAGUAUUCAAUGUGAACACUUAUGGAGGGUGUGAGAUCUCAAAUUUGAUGUUGAUGGCUUAUGAUCGUUACAUAUCCAUAUGCUUCCCUUUGAACUAUGCGGCAUUCAUGACUCCUACAAAGUGUUGCAUUACUUUAUCUCUUACUGCAAGCCUUAGCUCGUGUGGGAGAAUAAUUGAAAAGGUAUAUUGUGACAACUACUCUUUGGUGAAAUUAGCCUGUUCAGAUAUCUCACAUUUGUCAAUAUACUCGACAACUGUUACAUUUUUUUCUGUAGUGCUACCAUUUUUUGUCAUUCUGUAUUCAUACUUGAGAAUCAUUUUGGUUUGUGUAAAAUUGACAAAUUCCGGACAAACUAAAGUGAUUAAGACUUGCAUUCCUCACUUAGUAGCAAUUGGAAACUUCCUAAUUGGCUGUUCUUUUGAGCUGUAUCAAAGCAGAUUUAAUAUGAAUUUUAUGCCAUACACAAUACGUGUUGCACUUUCCUUGUAUUUUCUGAUAGUUUCACCUGCCAUGAAUCCAAUUAUAUAUGGGGCUAGAACGGAAAAUAUAAGUAAUGCAAUCUACAGAAAAAUGUUUUGGACUAAACAUUUUGAAGGUUGA